GGGGAGGGCUCUGACGUCAUAGAAGCCAGGGGAGGAGGGCGGGGCCGGGCGGUGGCUGCGGGGACCUCAGGCCUGUGGUGGGGUCAUGGGCUGUAUCAGGUCCAAGACUAGGAGUGCCAAUGCCCUAGACGGGAUGGAAGCGGAAGAACGCUCGGGCGGCCGCUACGACAAGGAGAAGAAGUCCAACGAGAGCUUGAUCAUCACCGUGCUCUGGAGGCGUCUGUCCUUAUUCAGCCGCCGGAGCUCCGCGGCCAAGUCGUCGGUGACCGCCAAGGCCUCCCGGGACUAUCGCUUCAGCGAGUCCCGGCACCACGAAAGUCACCAGGACGGCGAGAACCUAUGACCCCGGCCCUGCCCCGCCCCGCCCCCCGAGAAGAGAAUAAAAGUAGCGACCCGGAGGCCACAAA